UCUUUUGUAACACAUUCUGACCUUUUCAAUCUUCAGAAGUUCCAUUAAAAUUCCGUAAGAAAUUAUAUCUCUGUGAAUGAGCUGUAAGGAUUAGUCAACUUUGAUUUUGAGAAAUAUUUCAAAAAUAUGGAUAAAAGACGGGAUUUUUUAAGAACCAUUCAUAAGAGGGAAUGAAUUGCUUUUUCAAAUCGUAUAUUUCCUAAAUCUAAUUUACGAUUCUGUAGUAGGAGAUUUGAAGGGACGAGUAAUAAAACCCUUGCGAAAUUUUUUUUAAUGUUUGAUCACAGCGGUAACUGACUUAAUACUCUUCAAUUCUUGCUACGAACCGAUAAGUAAAAAUAAAUAAAAAUUUACUUUGUGAAUACUAGUCAAGACUCUCAACCAAUCUCCAAUAAACCCCUCCAAUAAAAAUUUCAUAACACACUCUGACAUCAGCGAAAAAAAAAAACUAGAAUUUAACCGGCAAAGUCUGGUAGAAAUGUAGGUUGAAAGAGGCAGAGAGAGUUUGAGAAUUGAGGCUCAACGACCCACGCCUCACCAACUGUGACUGUAGUGUGUCAAAGAAGUUCCCGGACGAUCAGUUGCGAAGCACCUUUCACAGAGUACAGAGGGAAAUACCAUUCAUUUACCCAUCCUUACGCCAUUAAAACGUCUCGCCACUUGUCAGAUUCAUUCCAAUCUGUCGUUGCACAAUUUCAUCAGUUGAUUGGAGUUGAUGAGGAGUUUCAGUGUUUUCAGAGAAGUGAUGUGAGGAUUUUCGAGGUGGUAAAGUGGGAGCUGUUUAGUUUGGAAUUGGGGAUCAAAUUGUGGAGUGAGAAGUCGGACGUUAACAUGCCCACAUCACUGAGUUCAGUGUCCCACUGCUCUCGAAGGAAAGUGACGAAACCCGGGAAGAGCAGCCUUGUCCUGGUUGUUCCGUUGUUACUGGGUCUCAAGAGCGAGGCAGUCACGAGUACCGUUCAAGUUCAAUGGAAUCCCCGUGAAUGUUCUCAAUGCGAUUUUCAGACUCAGGAUGGGACUCACCGGGUCUCGGACCUACUGAGCUGCAUGAACGAUUUGGCAUCACAAAUGAUGGGCCAGAGAUUGUCCAGGCGAACCAAUGAGGAAAAUAGAAUCCUUCCAGCAUUGCGGAGGUCGGACCCUUACGGAUAUGCUCGAUAUCCACCGCAUCCGGACUGGCAAGACUACAGGCCUAAUUCUGUGUACCGAGACUCCUUGUACCCGAGUGUUCUCCCAUCACCACACCGAUAUCCACCAGCAAUACCACCGGGCUAUCCCCUCGAACCCACCUCGAAUUACAGUCCCGGAAUUUUGGGUGUCAACUUGCUCGAUGCACUGGUCUCCAUAUCACAAUACGACGAUCGUAAAUGCGUUCCCAGAAUUCUCUGCGAGGUUGCCACUGGUGUCGUACCCCGCAAUUCCGAGUACAAGCAGAGUUACGGGGGUUUCGCUAUGAACUCCCUCGUCAGUUUGUUGACAGCUUUCGACGCCGGAGGAUCGCCACUCCUGACCUUUGGUAAAUCCGCUUUGAUGGGAUAUACCAACAGAGGUAAUCCAGAUGUCUGCUAUCGGCAGUAUCCACGAUGCCCUAGGGAACCUAGUGCUGUUGUUGAUUAUCUCAACAAUCAUAAUGGUGGAUUUUUCAGAUUUUUCAGAAAUAGAAAUUCAGGUCUCGACUAUAGGGCUGCUGUUAAUCAACGACCAGCACCUCCUCCAGGCAUAUCUGGCCCUGAGUCUGAUCGCAAAGGUACGGGUAGUCUGACGAUCGACAGCCCAUCACAUAAUCCCAGUGAUGUAACUCCCUAUGAGGGCAUCCUUCCCGAAAGUGGUCAGACGAAGGGAGUUGUUUUCCCUGGAUCUUCAGCCAAGAGGAAAUCCAAGUUAUCAAAUUCCAGAGGCAAAAUCAACUUCUUUCCUCAAUGAAGAGUCGCAGAAAAAAAUAACUCUUGAGGAGAUAUUUAAAAAAAUGCAUUAAAGAAUAAA